AUGGAUCAAUUUGUUAUUUUCUAAAAGUGCUACUUCUCAAAUCCUCUCAGCAAACUAUAAAAAUAAAAUCUUGAUGAUACUGUAAUUGAUGAGCCCUCAGAAAAUUGUGAAACAAUGUCAUCCUAUAAUUAAAUUAUCAUUAUACAAUCCCUUAAUUCAAAAACAAUUAUAGAGAAUUUUGAGGAUAAGAGGAAAAACAAACAAUCAAAACAAUCAUGGAGGGAUAACUUUACUUGGCUUUGA